AUGUCCUCUCUCCCCUUCUGCCUCUGGUCUCAGGCCUUGUCGCCGACUUUGACCAACAUACGGACAGACGCCCUGACCAUGUUCAUGUUCAUCCGGCCUCGACGACACUUGGGCCGCCUCGCCACGGACCUGGCGUGUUGCGCCCCCAAGCCUCGCCCGGGAUCCCGCCCGCUGCCCCAGCUGUGCUCACGCCCCCCGGCCACGCCCGCCUUCUCGACGCUGUCGCUGUCGCUGCUCAAGACGUCCGGCACCAGCCGUCCGGCGGCCGUCGUGCUCGCAGGAGUCGGGGCGGGCCUCUUGUCGCUGGCGGCGGCGGCCCCCCACGAGGCCCACGAGGCCCACGAGGCCCACGAGGCCACAGGCCCACAAGAUGCCCGAGACCCCUCCGUCCCUCGCCACCGUCUCUCCGACGUCCGCGCCCACGACGCCUCGCACCCAAACCCGUGGGUCACCCACCAGGACAAGGUCUACGACAUCACCGACUGGGUCUCUGCCCAUCCCGGUGGCGACGUCAUCUUGCGUGCCGCCGGACAGAGCAUCGACCCCUACUGGGCCCUCUUCACCAUCCACAACCAGCACCACGUCGAGGAGAUACUGGACCAAUACCUCAUCGGCUACAUCCACCACCAUGACCUUGUCGACGGGCUCCCGCCCGCCCACGCCGUCCCGGACCCCUUCGCCUCAGACCCCCCGCGUGACCCCAGGCUGCUCACCCACACCGCCAAGCCUUGCAACGCCGAGCCGCCGAACCGGUCCCUGGCUGACAGCUUCCUGACCCCCAACGAGCUGUUCUAUAAGCGCAACCACAUGUGGGUGCCCGCUGUCGACGGCUCCCGGCUGCACCAGCACGAGCUGACCGUCGAGCUGCCCGGCGGCCACUCCAAGUCGUACACCCUGCAGGACCUCAAGACACGCUUCGCCACGCAUCGCGUCACCGCCGUCCUCCAGUGCUCCGGCAAUCGCAGGAGCGACAUGACCCGCAACACCGCAAAGACAAACGGCCUCCAGUGGGGCGUCGGCGCCAUCGGCAACGCCGACUGGCAGGGCGUCCGCCUGGCCGAUGUCCUCGCCGAUGCCGGGCUCAGGGUUGCGGGCCCCGGUGCCGACGGCAGCGACAGCCUCCCCGACCCCGGCACCUACCACGUCCAGCUCACCGGGCUCGAGGCCUACGGCGCGUCGAUACCCCUGCACACGGCCCUCGACCCCAGGAACGACGUCAUCCUCGCCUUCACCAUGAACGGCCAGCCCCUGCCCCGUGAUCAUGGGUCCCCGCUGCGAGCCCUAGUGCCGGGCCACGUCGCGGCGAGGAGCGUCAAGUGGCUGUCCAAGAUCGUCGUUGCUGACGAGGAAAGCACGUCACAGUGGCAGCGGCGUGACUACAAGAGCUUCGGGCCGAACCAGCGCAACGUGGACUGGGACAGCGCCCCGGCCAUCCAGGAGAUGCCCGUCACGAGCGCCAUCACCAAGGUGCUUGUGGGCCAGUGCGUGCGGGACGCCGGCGCGUUGCCGCCCACCGCCUCCGCCCCGGCCGACGGCCAGCAGCCAGUGGUCGUAGAGGGCUACGCCGUGUCUGGCGGCGGGCGCAGCAUCACCCGUAUCGACGUCAGCCUCGACGGCGGGAGGACGUGGGACCAGGCGCAGCUGCUCAGAGACCCUUUCGCGGGACACAAGGCCUGGGCUUGGAAGAGGUGGCGCUAUCUCGGCCACCUUGACGCACCUGCGGCCGGGGCAACGGGCCAGCAUCUGCAGUGCAGAGACGUCGUGGUCAAGGCGACCGACAACAGCUACAACACCCAGCCCGAGACGCACUCGUCCAUAUUCAACGUCAGGGGCAACCUGGCAAAUGCGUGGCACCGCGUCAAGGUGUGCCCCGAGUGUGUCCCUGCCGCCGCCACACAAGGUGAAGGCGAGGCGAACAAGGCAAUAUGGCGGACCGGAAACACCUACGGGUGCGGGUUCGGCACGGAAGAGGGGCCCGGCAAUGUUUAA